AUGCCGAGAGAGACAGCAACUGAUGGAGCAGGAAGAAGGCGUCACCAACGAAAGACAGAGGUGAUGCUGAUGCUGAUCGGGAGAGGUGCGCCUGGUUUCAUGACGUCCUCUCACUGGGGUAUCAUCCCAGCUGAAUCGGAUCCGUGGAUCUAGGUGAUGCUGACCUAACCAGCAAAGCGACGUAGCCGCUUCCUCCACUUCCGCCGCUCCCUCGCCGUCCAGCCCCAGUUCAACCGCAUCCCCUCAGCAAUGACAGCCAUGAGAACCAUCGACAACGUCCUCUUGACGUCAAGGUGAAGGUCAAUUGUGACAGCAGCAGCCCUCAAAGAGCUGACAACCUUGAGACACCGCCACCACAACGUCAUCAUGACGUCAGGGCCAAGGUCAACUGUGACAGCAGCAGCCCUCAAAGAGCUGACAACCUUGAGACACCGCCACCACAACGUCAUCAUGACGUCAGGGUCAAGGUCAACUGUGACAGCAGCAGCCCUCAAAGAGCUGACAACCUUGAGACACCACCAGCACAACGUCAGAAUGACGUCAGGGUCAACUCUGAAAAGGCCGAAGCUCAUGUCGUCAAUGACAAUGAUAAACUGUCUGUUGAUUUAAAGGACCACAGUAAUUUCAGUUUCGAAACAAAAAUCUUUCAAAAAUUUAUAA